ACAAGUGCUCGCGGAUAACUCAGACAUCAUGGCGCCGAUUCUGUCGAAGGAGCGGCUGCCUCCAAAGAUGAGGCCCGAAGAUGCAGCCAAGGUGGUGGCCCAGAAGGCUCGACCCUUCUUGGAUAGCUUUCUGAAACUGGUAGAGGUUUCCAUUCAGACAGGCGGAGUCGUGGUGGAUGAAGCGAAGUUGGCGGCCAGUCAUUUCGGGAGCUUGGUGGACAAGUGCAUGCAUGGCAGCGCAAAGCUGCUCCAGGCCUUGUGCUGUAUUGAUCUGGACAAGUUCACUCGAGGUCCCGAGAAGCCAGCGCUUCAGAGUCAGCUCCCAGUGAUCUUUGUCCUAGGGCUCUUGGCCAUGCUUUACAGCGCCUUUGUCUUUGCCUACAUGCCAGCCGCGGGGCUCUCCUUGAAUAGUCCCGAGAGUUUGCUGUUCCACGCCUUUGUCUUCCUGACCUUAGCCAGCUUCGCCCAGGCCGCCCGCACAGACCCUGGCAGUGUGCCUUGUGGCCCCGAGUGGCGCGAUCCCAAUCGGCCCCCGAGGUGCGUGCAUGAGCAGAAGAGAUUCAGCGAUGAAGCCCGAUGGUGCCGGAAGUCACAGGCCUUCAAACCAGAUCGCGCCCACUUCUGUCGCGCCAUGGGGCGAGUGGUGCUGCGGAUGGAUCACCACUGCCCCUGGCUGGGCAACACUGUUGGCUGGGCCAACCACAAGUACUUCUACCUCUUCCUGGCGUAUACCAACAUCGCCUGUGGCAUGCUGGGUUUGAACGUGCUGGACCUCUUGGUCCAUGCCACCUUACCGGCACUUACCACCUUUCUGCUGAUCGGCACUGAAGCCCUGACCUUUCUGCUCUCCAGCAUCCUGGUUCCCUUCUUCCUCUUCCAUAGCUGGCUGGUCAUCCGAAACAUGACCACCAUAGAGUUCUGCGCCUCCUUUGCGAGGGGACCUGAUGAGAAGCCUUAUGACAAUCCCUAUGACGUGGGCAUCUAUCGAAAUGUCUGUGCCGUUCUGGGCAGCUCACCAUUGGUGUGGUGGGCCCCUGUUGGUGGUCCUGUUGGCGAUGGCAUCAGCUUCCCUCGAAAAGGAAUUCCAGAGCAUUAUGUUCUCUCAGAUGAGGACCCAGAAGCAGCGCAUCCGGCAUCAGAGGAAGGUAGUGACGCUGACAGUGUGGAGGUCAAGCAGGAAAGUAUGUGCAACUUCUUUGU